UUCUCUGCAGUUUCCUUUGUUGUCCUUUGUCAAGUCAUCUUCCUUCUACGUGCCUUCCCUCGCUCCACUUUUCUACAAACCCAAAGACUUCCAUAAGUCUCAGGGUCUCUCAAUCUCUCCUCAAAAUUCAUUUUCUAGGGUUUGCCGUUUGUCUCUUUCUGCUCAAACAUGGCUUCAGCUACGGAAGAAGGAGGAGAAAGAGAUUUGGAGAAGGGAUUGAUGACUCCCAGACUGAGCCAAAACCCUCUUGCCGAGGCAUCGCCAUCGCCAUCGCCAUCUCCAUCUCCAUCCCCAUCAUCCGCGACUGCACCUGCUCUGGUAUUAUCGAAUUCCGGCAAGCGGAUUGAUCAAGCCGGAAAGAAGAAGUAUGUGAAGCAAGUGACUGGCCGGCACAAUGACACCGCCCUGCAUUUGGCAGUGCAGCGAGGUGAUCUAGCAGCAGUGAAGCAGAUUCUUGAUGAUAUUGAUUCAAAAAUGUUGAGGACUCUGAGUGGAGCGGACUUUGAUGUUGAGGUUGCAGAGAUUCGAGCAUCACUUGUCAAUGAGGUGAAUGAAUUGGGAGAGACACCAAUGUUCAUUGCAGCAGAGAAGGGUCAUCUUGAUAUUGUGAAAGAGUUGUUUAAGUAUUCAAGUAAGGAAAGUAUCUCAAAAAAGAAUGGGGGUGAAAUGGAUCCUUUGCAUAUAGCUGCAAGUCAAGGACACCAUGACAUUGUUAAGGUGCUAUUAGAUUAUGACCCAGGGCUCAGUAACACAAUUGGACCAUCAAAUGCGACCCCUCUUAUAUCCGCAGCUUCCAAAGGGCAUGUAUCUGUGGUUAAUGAGCUGCUGUCUAAGGAUUGUAACUUGUUGGAGAUUUCUAGAUCCAAUGGGAAAAACGCUUUGCAUUUAGCUGCCAGACGGGGACAUGUAGACAUUGUGAAGGCGUUGCUAGACAAAGAUCCACAAUUGGCAAGAAGGAAUGAUAAGAAAGGACAGACUGCACUGCAUAUGGCUGUAAAAGGGGUUAGCUGUGAAGUGGUGAAAUUGCUUCUUGAGGCUGAUCCAGCUAUUGUCAUGCUGCCAGACAAAAAUGGUAGCACAGCAUUACAUGUAGCCACCAGGAAAAAGCGAGCAGAGAUAGUGAAUGAGUUGUUACGACUCCCUGACACCAAUGUUAAUGCGCCUAACAGAGAUCACAAGACAGCUCUUGAUAUAGCUGAAGAGCUUCCCUACUCUGAAGAAUCCUCAGGUAUAAAAGACUGCCUUUAUCGCUUUGGUGCUGUCAGAGCUAAUGACCUUAACCAACCAAGGGAUGAAUUGAGGAAUACUGUGACCCAAAUCAAGAAAGAUGUCCACAUCCAGCUUGAGCAAACCAAGAGGACAAACAAGAAUGUUUAUGGAAUUGCCAAAGAGCUGAGGAAACUCCACCGAGAAGGGAUCAACAAUGCUACCAACUCGGUGACUGUGGUGGCUGUGCUUUUUGCAACAGUUGCCUUUGCAGCUAUUUUCACUGUGCCUGGUGGGGAUCUUGAUAAUGGGAUGGCUGUGGUGGUGAGCCAUACUUCUUUCAAAAUCUUUUUCAUCUUUAAUGCCAUUGCAUUGUUUACAUCCUUGGCUGUUGUUGUAGUUCAGAUUACAUUAGUUAGAGGUGAAACAAAAGCUGAAACACUGGUAGUUGGAGUGAUUAACAAGUUAAUGUGGUUGGCCUCUGUGUGCACGUCGGUGUCAUUUAUAGCCUCCUCUUAUAUAGUGGUUGGUCGGCGGCACAAGUGGGCUGCAAUUUUGGUUACAGUUGUGGGGGCAGUGAUAAUGGCUGGGGUUCUUGGCACCAUGACUUAUUAUGUGGUGAAGUCAAAGAGGACACGAUUGAGAAGGAAGAGGGUGAGGCAUGCAAGGAGUGGAUCCACCUCGUGGCAUCACUCCGAGUCCAACUCAGAAGUCGACCGGAUUUAUGCCCUUUGAUGUGAUAAUUCCUAGCCUUCAGUUUCAGAUUUCUGGGUUGCGGAUUGAAUGGAACGAUGGGUGUGUAAUAAGACUGAAGGUAUUUAGGUGCACUUAAAGACCCCUACAUUUGUUAAGAAACAACAAUGCUUCCAUAGCGGUAGCAUCUUAUGCCUUGGUUUAUUUUAUGAAUCCCUGCAGUUGGAUGACUAUUGUAAGUUAGAUGUUAGGUCUGUUGCUGAAGGAAAAAAGGGGGGAGGAACACUGGUUUCUUUCCUGUUGUUUAAUGCUGCAUGUAUAGAAUCAUAAGACCUGAAAGUGGGUUGGAAAGAGAUAAGAGAGGGUCAGAAAGUUCCAGAUUCUGUGGAAGGCGUUGAAGAUUCUUGUGUUCAGUUUGUGCAAUUUGUGGGUAAGUUAAUAUAUCAGAGCCAAAUUUGGAAGAAAACAUAAAUAACACAAGCAAGAGACUUCACUGGAUGGUUAUAUGAAGCUAUGCCCGGAAGUGGAUAUUUCAGCAUUGUGAAGAAUUCUACUUGCUCAAAGGUUUCAAGUCUUCUCAAGUGAUACUCAUAGCUCGCAGAGGGACUCUGUCUGGUAGUAUUAAAAUUUUCUCAAUGUUCAAUAUCAUCAAGUCCAAUACCACAACUGCAAAUGGUGGUGUAGAUUAAGCCUAAUUGAUGGUUGUACUUUAGUUAUAUAGAGAUCUCCUGGACCAUUAUAUUUAUCAAGUAUAUAUGAAAUGUGCUCUUCAAAAUUA